AUGUACCUGAGAUCAGCGAGGGAAGAGGCAAUGGAAGCCUGGUCGAGCUAUGAAGAGCCAUUGCAGACUGAAGCUCUCGCCUUGGCCGUCUCAAGGCGGGAGGCACGAGAGCUGGAAGAGCACUCCGCCAGUGGCUUUCAACUCGAAUGUCACUUGCGAGAGGAGAUGGAGAGUCUUCAGCAUCAGCUGGCUCAGCUGGAUCAGCACCACCAGGACCGUGCACAAGCGCACCUGCAUUCCAAGAAGAAGGCAGCCGAUUUGGAUGACUUGGUGCAACACUUAAAGAAGCAGACUGAGCGCCAUGAGGCUGCUAUCUCACAUGCGAAGACGACCGUGUCAAGUCAAGAGGCAGAGCUCACAAAGCUGGAGCAGAUAGCCUCAACACAUCAGUCACGGGUGCAUGCUGCGCGGCAUGAGCUAGACUAUGUUGCAAAAGAGCUGUCUGACAGGUCUGCUUCACAGUCAGGUUUCCAGCAGCAGGUGUCCAUCCUGCAGCAAGAGCUGCAGGCACAAGAAGCACAGCUGGAGGCCUGCAAUCGUGAAACUGCUGCAUAUCGACGCCGAGCCAUGAGAGCUGAGUCUAUCCGGUUGCAGAAUGAUGAGGACAUGCCUAGUGGCAUCAGAGCACUUCGCCAACAAUGUUCUCAGUUCCAGCGCGCUCACAUGCGGCAAAGCUCUCCAGAUGCUCAUGCCAAUGUCCCUUUGGCCCGGUGGAUGCGAGAAAACAGCUUGGGCGAGGAUGCGGGAUUGUUCAGCGCGUUGGUUCAAAAGGGGCAGACACCUCAACCAAUGACCUGGUCUCAAAUACUUUCCCUUUCACCGGUUGUGGGGGUCUCCCGAAAACACGACCGUUGUGUGUGUAGGAGUUAG